AUGGCGUCCAGUUCGAGGGAUGGUCCUCACCUAGGCGACAACAUCCUCCUACUACCUUCCUCGCAGGCCGCCACACCCUCUGUUACCACGGCGAGCUCCCUCCAGGACGAUACUUCCUUAAACUCCCCGCCUUUCAAUCCAGUCCACGCACAGAACCACCCUACUUUUCACAGCAACAACAUUAACAACAGCACCCCCUCUCCUUCCGCUCAACCUUCAGUAACCCAACAACAGCCAGUCAUCUCCUUCUCACCCCUCCGUUCCACUUCUUCAAUCUCUUCACGGUCCUCAACAUCGUCGUCCUCUAUCGGGCGCAGUGGUGGGCGUCAUGGUCCAUUCCCUUCGGCUGCAGGCACCUCAGCGGCGGCGACGACACAGCCAACAACAGCCGCUAAUUCUUCCGUCUCUGCUACUGCUCAUGCAGGGGAAGGAGUUAACAGCGGAAGAGGCAGACCAGCAAAGGACUCACCCUAUUCUGCUAAUCGGGAGCAUGGAUCAAAAGCCUCACAGCUCCUUUACACUUACAUCCUCACACCCUUCCAGUCCCUCCAGCUCUACCUCACAACCCCCACCCGCGACCGUGAAGCCUCUGCUUCGACCUACCAUCCCGCAGUACGCAAGUUACCCCCCUGGCUACUACCGCAUUAUCGUGGCCGGAAACCCGUCAUCCGAUCAACCGUACUGCGACCAUUAUGUCGAAUGUUGCUUCUGAUUGUGAUCUUGGCGGUGUUGAUUGUCUCGACAUUGUUUUAUUCGUUCCGCAAAGGGCAGCCAGAGUUGUCGGAUUAUAGGGCGCUGACAGAGUUCAAUUGGACGCCUAUUAAUCCGCGAUCGUAUCUUAGUCCUAUGAAUACGAGCUUUGGGGAGAACUAUGAUGUGUUGCUUGACGGGCAUUCGCAUUCGAGAUAUUCUGACGGGCGGAUGUCGUCGGAGACGCUUUUGAAGUGGCAUAUCGCGAACGGAUACAAUGCGGUUAUUGUGAGUGACCACAACACCAUCAAUGGAGGACUUGCCGCAUUGAAAGUAGCCGAGAGCGAGGAGUACGCAGGAAAGAUUACGGUUAUCCCUGCCAUGGAGCUUACGACCUGCCGGUUACAUAUGAAUCUGAUCGGAAUCAACGAAACGAUCGAUUUUGCCAUCAAGAAGUGGCCGUCGGACGACGAGCUCAGACAGACCAUUGCUAGGGCCCAUGAGCUUGGAGGGCUGGCGAUCAUCAACCAUAUUCCUUGGAGUAACACCACCGAGUAUGGAUAUGAGUUGCCAAGAAUGCAGAAUCACCCGAGUCGAGAGCUACUGGUGGACAUGGGAAUCGACGGUUUCGAGAUUGCAAACGGCGGAACCCUGGAUACGAUCUCUCUCAAAUUCAUCCAAGACAACAACCUCAUUCUCAUCACGGGCACCGAUGUCCACUACCCCGACUCGAGCGCCUUCAGCUGGACCAUCCUCAACACCAACGGCAACCGGACUAUCGAUAACAUCAUGGCGCAACUCAAGGCCCGUCGGACGUCCUUUCUCUUUGACCCUACGGGUACUCAACCGCUGGCAUACCCACCCGAGAACCCUGUGUAUUACAAGACAGCGCCCCCGACGCUACUGGGACAGUACUUCCAGAUGUUUUGGAUUGAACAGACGGGAAUGUACUCGUUCUCACCGACGGGCGGAUUCUGUCAUGAAGAGUAUGUCACGAUCCGGUGGAAGUUGAUUGGAUAUUUUAUUGCGUGGGUGUUGGUAGGGUUUUUGUUGUUUGAGGCGGCGAGGUUGGUGAUUGUCGGGUGCUGUUGGGGCCCGUUUAUUAGGAGGAGACGGUAUUUGAGGAAGAAGAAGCGGUUGGAAGAGGAGGAGGGGUUGGUUGUGACUGGUUCUGGUUUGGAUGUGGACGCUGGGCGACAUGAGUUGGAGGAACAGCAGCAGCAGGUCUGA